GUAGAUUCAAACCCUACGCUGCUUGUGUCAGCAGGUCGUCGAUAGCAUCUGUGUUUGGUGUCCAAAAGACUGGUAUUUAAACUUGGUGAUGGUUUCCAACUCCUGUGUUUCACACACAACAUAUUGUGUUUAACGUCAUCGGAAACUGUAUUCCACACAUAUUAAAAAGGUAUACACCUAUUUGACUUGCCGUACGGCAGGUGAUUUAUUUUUGUGCUGUGUGCGUAGCUAAACCUUGCAGUGGAAUGAAUUUCAUAGGUACUUUUUUGUCUUGUUUCAUUUCUCAUAUUCUCUGCACUUUUAAGAAUUACUUAAGGUUCGGUCAUGCCAUUUCCUCUACAUUUCCAAUAGUUAUAGUCAUGACUAUGACUACACUGCAGUAUUAACUGGACGCCAGGUGUGGGGUCGAUAAAUUAUCCUUGCCAUUUAAUUAUUGUCCUAGUUGUACGUUCUUCAUUAUUUGUAAUUCAGAAAUAGUGGUUGUUACUAGUAUUUAACCACAAUAGCCUUCAGGACAAUACUUCUGGUGCGUCAGGUCAGUCGAUAUUGACCGGGGUUUCUAAGACCACAGGUUAUUCACUUAAAUAAAUAAAGACUGCUUUGGUAUCACAACGUUUUUACAUCCUGGUCAGGUGGGUUUAAACUACUUGUCUGAAAGAAGUGGUGCCUGAGCUGAGGUAGGCAAAGACUACAACUUAAUUAUUUUUUAUGGAUGUUUUAAAGCUGGGGUCUGAUUGUUACUUAUAGGUUAAACAAGUCAAACUACUGCACAUAUGAUAACGUUUAUAGUUAUAUACCUGGGGAUCAAUAAAUUUUGUCUACUAAUCCAUACUCAACUCAGAUGAUAUCACUCAAAUCGAAAUGCGGAUGUAAAGGAAUUCGAACCUGUGCCUUGUGCGAACAUGACAGCAUUCCCACAGCUGUAUGACAGAUUUAUUUAAUCAUGCUAUUCAGGUUCCUCACCAGACUUCCGAAUUCACAUUCUGCUCCUUCUGUAAUGUCGCAGAAGCUGGGAAGCUUAGUAUGUCAAACGGAUCUCAUAUUCAUGAAAAUAGUUUCCUUUUCCCGGGUGUGGAAGUUAUACAUAAUUUCAUCGAUGAGGCCGAAGAAGCUAUGCUAAUCGAUUCAAUCGAUGGACAAAGAUGGUUUCUCUCGCAGUCUGGUAGGAAGAAACAGGAUUAUGGGCCUAAGGUGAAUUUUAAACGACAGAAGGUCCAUAUUGGAAAUUUUACUGGUUUGCCGGCAUAUUGUAAAUUUCUCAUUACUCGAUAUAAUAAUAGAUUAAAACAGAGCACAUUUCAGUCAGAAUUUCUUCCAGUGGAACUGUGUAACUUGGAAUAUGAGUCAAUUCGUGGUGCUUGUAUCGCACCUCAUUAUGAUGAUUCAUGGCUGUGGGGUGAUCGGUUGGUGACGGUUAAUUUAUGCGGUUCAACUUGUUUAACUUUCACACUGCCUACAAAUGGUUUUAUAGGUGAGAUAAAUGAUGAAAUUAAACGUAUUCACUCCUCUGUACCGGAAAAUACGCUAACAGAUGCGUUUUGUGUACGUGUACCACUGCACAGACGUUCACUUAUAGUUGUUAGCGGACCUGCACGAUAUUUGUGGCAGCAUGAAAUCAGGCGAUCAGAUAUACCAACUAGACGUGUUGCUAUGACAUUUCGUGAAUUGAGCGGUUUGUUCACCCCAAACUCUCCUAAUCUAACAAAGGAACAGGUCAUUGGAAAACAAUUACUGGAAAUCGCCAGCACUUAUGAUGGGCAGAUAUGUAAUGGACAGAACCUGUAAAUUAGUUGUAAAAAUAUAUAUUGAUGAUAAUUAUCUA